AUGUCAUCAGGGGUAACCAAUUUAUUUAUUGAUAAAUCUCAACGACCAAAUCAAGAUGAACAAGGAUUAAUAGAUAUUGGUAAAAAUUGUCAAUAUUGUAAUCAAUUAGAUUUUUUACCAUUUAUAUGUGAAUUUUGUAAAAAAACAUUUUGUUCACAACAUCGAACCAUUGAACAACAUCAAUGUAUUGCCAAAAAUAAAUUUUUCAAUCAACAUAAAUCAAGAUCAUCUAGUCCUGAUGAAUCAGAUAAUGGUGGUGGUGGUGGUACUAUUAUUUCUUCGAAAAGUUUAUUUCCGGAUCGAAAUGCUGAUAAACGGAAAUUAGAAGCAAAAUUGAAUUCUAUCAAUCCAAUAAGACCAACAACAAUUAAAGAAACUCAAUUUAGAGUUGGAGAUGUAUCUAUUAGUGGAUCUUCCAAUGCAUUUAAGAAAUUUCAAAAAUUUCUAACCAACCAAAAGAAGAACAAGAAGAGUGGUACUACCAAUGGGGGUAAUUCAAUUACAUCAAAAUUAUUUGGUGGUAAAUCAAGUAAGACCAGUAGUAAUAAUAAAUUCAUUGAUAUUGCUAAUUUGAAAAAGAAUGCUAAAGGUGAUAAUAAAAUCAUUAUGAAUGAUAGAAUCUAUAUUUGGUGUAUAUAUGUGGAAAAUCCUGAUUUACAAAUAUCUAUUGAUAAAGAUAAAAAACCGGUAUUUAUAUCGAAAAAUUGGGUUGUCGGAAGAUCACUUGAUUCAGUUGCUGAUAAUUUACAUAUUCAAAAUAAAAAUAAUGUUACUAAUGAAUCACUGGAGAAAUUAAAUAUUUUUAAAUUGGAAGAUAAUAAUGGUAGUAGUGGUGUUGAUGGAGAACCAAAAUUAAUAUCAACAUCUUUAAAAUCAACUGUUUUUAAAACUGGUGAUACAAUAUAUUUAGUUAGAGGAACAAUAUAA